UAGUAAUGGAUUUCGGAAAAGGAUAGUGUGAAAAACAAUGAUAGCCAUGACAUAUUUUUAUAUAAAAAGCAACAUAAAGUUUAAACAAUAAUCAUAAGAAUCGGCUAAAAUGUCAAACUAGUAUCGAUCUGUUUUUAAACUCAACAAGGUAAGCAUAAAGGAAAAAGACUCAAGAUAUGAUACCAAAACCUCCAAAUAAAAAAAGAAACACAAAAGAUAACUAACUGUAUCCAUUAAGUCACAACAUAUAUAACCUAUAGUAGCUAAUUCACAUUGAGAGCUAACAAGUGAAAAUCUCAUUCAUUUGAUUUUAACUUUGUGGUAGUUUCAUAGUAUUAAAUAUCGACACAGGUGGAGAGUUAGUUCGGUAACAUUUACUUCUCUGCUCCCACAUUCCCAACGUCCCCUUCUUUAUAAAUACGUCCUCAAUAUAUACAUACAAGACCGGUCCAUGACCCUCACGUGACUCUCACGGGUCUUCUUCCUUUCUUAGUUUCUUCUUCCACCGCCAUCAAUACAAAAUUACAAACAGUUUUUUUUUUUGUAACUUCAAAAAUUACAAACAGUUCUCUCUCACAAAAGAGAAUGGACUCUCACAUCAACCCUAGCCAUGGCGGAAACUCUUCUUCUCUCGACAGUCUCAAACCAAGCGUACUAGCCACCAUCAUCAUCCUUCUCAUCACUCUCCUCGUCUCCGUCUCCAUUUGCGUCCUCCUCCGCUGCCUCAACCGCUGUAACCACCACCACUCGCCUCUCUCUCCGUCUCCCUCCGAUUCCCUCCGAUUCUCCACUCACCGAGUCUCUCCCGAAACAGAACGAUCCUCCUCUGUGCUCGACUCGCUCCCGAUUUUCAAAUUCUCCUCCGUCACUCGCCGAUCUUCCACCUCCUCUAACUCCAGCGACUGCGCGGUUUGUUUAUCGAAGUUCGAACCGGAGGAUCAGCUUCGUCUUCUGCCUCUCUGUUGCCACGCGUUUCACGCGGAUUGUAUCGAUAUCUGGCUCGUGUCUAAUCAAACGUGUCCGCUUUGUCGCUCUCCUCUGUUCGCUUCCGAUUCCGAUCUGACGAAGGCUCUCGGCGGCGGAGAAGGAGAUAACAGUUUCCGUCUCGAAAUCGGAUCAAUCAGCCGCCGCAACGACGGUCCGAUUCCGGAUUCCGACGAUCAGCACCGGUCUUACGCAAUGGGAUCGUUCGAGUACAUAGUCGACGACGUCGAAUCCGAAAUCUCGGAGUCUAAUUUCAAUCAAACGCGAAAACAGGAAGACGCGCCUGUGGAGGUUACUGCGUCUAGUUAUAAUCCGUCCGCGUUUGAAGCGAGUUUGGCGGGAGAGAUAGGUAACGAAGGUUCUAGAAGCUGGCUUAAGGAUUACGUGGACAGACUCUCGCUUGGUAUUUCGUUUAGAAGCUCUGAUAGGUUUUUUACUGGGAGCAGUCGUCGGAGCGAGGAAAUGACGGUGGUGGAUUUGGAGGCGAAUCAUGCCGGAGAAGAGAUAAGUGAGCUUUUCCGGUGGUUCUCAGAAACGCUAACGCAACAUAUUGCUAAAAGGUCUCUUCUCUUGUCCGUCUAGCAUUUGGAGGAAGAAGCUAUGCUUGCUUAUCUUUUGAGUCUGACAGGAAAUGUUACGCUUUGAAAAGAACGGCAUGUGUGUAAUAAUGUCAAGCUGAGGGAUCAGCUUCCAACUUUGGCUUCUCCGUUGAUGUGAUGAAAGCUUUAUACCAUUCAAAUACGUUUAUAAACUUAUAAUAGCCAGAGUUUUAGUUCAGUU